CUUCAACCCAAUCCACCUUCACACUAAAAAAUCCCAACAAAAAAUAUUCCAUCUUUACACUAAAAAUCCCCCCCCAAAAAAAAAGGUUUUGAUGCUUAUUGCUAUCAUAGGGAAGAGGGACUACUAAAUGAUUUGACCAUAAUUUAAAGCGGUCCCCUUGUCUUCUCUUCUUCCAGAUGUACAAUUUCUUGAUUACUUCUGCUCAGUUUUAACACGCACAUAUAUAAUUCACUAACAAAUAAUUAUAUUGAAUUUCCUUUGCCUUUUUUGAGAGGGGUCGAUUUGCCUUUAGGAUCAUCAUCAUUCAUUACAUUAAUCAUCAUCUAAUCUUCCUCGAUCUUCUACUUUCUACUUUGUGUAUGGUACCCAGAUAAAAAAAAAAAAAUCUAUACAAAUAUAGGGGAAAACUGAGAUUUGUGAAGAUAUGGGAUCUUUUAAAGGUCAUGUAGUUCCAGGGACAUUGUUUUUGCUGGUGGGUUUAUGGCAUAUAUGGUGCAGUGUGUACAGAUAUGUAACAAGUCCGAAAACGUUUCGGAUUCGGGUUUGGAAUCCGGUACCGGGUUUUGAAGGGAGGCUUAAGUACUUGGAAUUGUAUAUGGUGGUGACUGGUGCUUUUAUUGAUUUGUGCAUAGAGCUUGUUUAUGCACCUCACCUCAAGUAUUUUGUUGAUGGAGUGUUGAAUCCUGGACAUAUGAAUAAUUUUGAGCAUUCUGGGAUGCUUAUCAUGUUCUUUAUCUUUGGCCUCAUUGCUCUUAUAUCGGUUAAAACUAGUGUUCUUCCCUUACCAGAUGGAGUGCUUUGUUUGAUUGCCGCAACAGCAUUCUCAUCGGAGUACCUUUUAUUUUACUUCCAUUCGACGAAUCACAAAGGCCUGGAAGGCUACUAUCACUACAUCCUGGUUCUUCUAAUAGGCUUGUGUGUUUUAACUAGUGUUGCUGGAGCAUUGGUCCCGUCUAGUUUCCCUCUUGAUUUAUCCAACAGUAUCGCCAUAACUCUCCAAGGCCUUUGGUUCUAUCAGACCGCUUUCACUCUUUAUGGCCCCAUGAUGCCCAAUGGCUGUCAACUUAAAGGAGAUGACAUUGUUUGUCACUCGGCCGACAGUCAAAUCAGAGGGGAAUUGUUUGCGAACUUUCAGUUAUUUUCGAUGGUUGUUGGUAUUUUUGUUCUAAUUUCUGUAUCGUAUAGUUUCAUCGAUUCACGAUAUAGCAGCUCCAUUCAGGUGAGCUCUUUGACAGAUGAUGGUGAUCUGUAGAUAUUUACGCUUUGGUUAUACAUUUGAUUCGUUGUAAAACUAGCUUUUUCCCGUUUAGCCAAAUUGUCGAAGUACUGUGAAGUUGAAGGCAGCACUUACUGCGAGUUGAGUCGGAAACAAGACAAUUAAAGCAUGAAGUGAGCAGUUUGUGCAGCCAUCUUUUUAAUUUUGUUUUCAUUAUGAUUUGAUAAGGCUAGAGAAUUCCGUAUAACAACCUUAAUUAUGCAUUAUUCAUUGAUUUUUGUAUAUGUGAGUGACUGAUUCUUUUGUUAUUCAGUAGAAGCAAACAUUUUUGUGUUAAACGAUAAUUUACAUCGAAAUCGAGCAUGUUUUACUACCCUCUCUUCACUUUAUCUUAAAUAAUUGUAUCGGAUUAUUAAAUCUCUCUUUUAGAGCCAAUACUAAUCCCUUUGAAUAUUCCGGAGUGUCAUUGUUAGCACAUCAUACACGUUGGUUAGAAUCAGUCUUUUAGUGAGACGGCCUCAAAACAAAAGUUUAUAUUCUCAUAAUUUGUCGUAAUUGGGGCUAAUUAACCUUAUUAUAUAUGGGACAUAUCUUACAAUGAAACCGUCUCAUACAACAAUUCAGGUUGAUUACAAGUGUUUGAGGAGAGCCAAUUCCUUCUGGUUAAUCUGCCCAACUCCCCACAGGUGAUAAACAUGCUACGAAUAUGUUCAAAUUACUAGAAAACAAAAUCAGAAAUUUGAGUAAUCCUCCCUUUGAGUUUACAAUAAUAAACAAAAGUUACUUAAAACAAGAGGAUCAAAGUAUAGGAAUUUGAGUAAUCCUCCCCACACAAAGUUCAGAAAUGGUGAUUGGUGCCCUAGCGGA